AUGCCUGGUGACGCAGCUCCGGCAGUGCUGCGCAUCCUUCGCGUCUCUGGGGAGGAAGUGGCUGCCCUCAGCGAGGACCAGGUGGAAGAGCUCUGGAAUGAGCUGGGAUCAACUGUGAAGGCGCUGAAGCAGCAUUUGCUACGACUGCCGGCCUUCACAGGCAUGUCGAUCUACCGGCUCCGCCUAGUGCACGAGGGUGAGCUGAUGCCGGAUUCGCAGGACUGCCGCUGCCGACUGUAUGAGGGACCCAUCGAGCUCAGCGUCGUGGUGCUCGACUUCGUGGCACUGGAGCCUUCCGACCAGAGAAGAGUCCUGACCGCCGUGCAUGAUGGCACGGUGGCCGCAGUGGAUGCAUUUCUGCAGAUGCCGGUUGAUCCCAACGACAUCUUCGAAGAGUUUGACCCGAACCUGGACAACUUGUCAGAGACGCACGCGUCACUGCUGUGGCUGGCAGCGUCAAGGGGCAACGUGGAUGUGGCGCGACUACUGCUAGAGGCGAGGGCGGAUGUGAAUUUGGUGAAUGCCUACGGAACCACGCCGUUGAGCGCAGCGAUCACUUACCACGGAGACUGGGAUACCGUUCAGCUCCUGAUCAAGGCCAAUUCUGACAUUGGUCAUGCAGAUGACGAUGGUUGCACGCCAGUUUGGCUAUCGGCAGAACGAGGCCGGGUCAAAAUAGCUGAGCUGCUGAUCCUAUUGGGUGCCGACCCCCAGAGAGCAGACCAUCGAGGACAGACGCCUUUGCUCACCGCGUGUGCCAGGUGCCAGUGGGAGUUCGUGAAGUUCUUGCUGCUUCCACAGCUUUCGCUCCAGGAGCCGGUGGACGCAAACCAGGCGGACGACUAUGGCAGGACGCCCCUGUGGUUUGCUGCAGAGAACGGCGAGUUCUCGAUUGUGAAUUUGCUUCUCUUUGCUGGGGCGGACAAGAACAAAGCGACGGACAGUGGUCAAACACCGCUCUGGAUAGCUGCAAGUAGAGGCCACCUGAACACCGUGCAACUGCUGAUGAUGGCUUGUGCGGACCGGGAGAAGACAGAUGAGAACGACCUUUGCCCAGCCGCCGUUGCCGAACAAAACGGCCACCCGGACAUCGGGCAGCUACUUCGGACUUGGCAGCGCGAGGUGUGA